AUGCCGUUCCACCCGGUGACGGCGGCGUUGAUGUACCGGGGCAUCUACACCGUGCCCAACCUGCUGUCGGAGCAGCGUCCGGUGGACAUCCCCGAGGAUGAGCUGGAGGAAAUCCGAGAGGCCUUCAAAGUCUUUGACCGUGACGGCAAUGGCUUCAUCUCCAAGCAGGAGCUGGGCACAGCCAUGCGCUCCCUGGGCUACAUGCCCAACGAAGUAGAGCUGGAAGUUAUCAUCCAGCGACUGGACAUGGACGGUGAUGGCCAAGUGGACUUUGAGGAGUUUGUGACCCUCCUGGGACCCAAGCUCUCCACCUCAGGGAUCCCAGAGAGGUUCCACGGCACUGACUUUGACACUGUCUUUUGGAAGUGUGACAUGCAGAAGCUGACUGUGGAUGAGCUGAAGCGGCUGCUCUACGACACCUUCUGUGAGCACCUGUCCAUGAAGGACAUCGAGAACAUUAUCAUGACAGAGGAGGAGAGCCACCUGGGCACAGCUGAGGAGUGCCCCGUGGACGUGGAGACCUGCUCCAACCAGCAGAUCCGCCAGACGUGCGUGCGCAAGAGUCUGAUCUGCGCCUUUGCCAUCGCCUUCAUCAUCAGCGUCAUGCUCAUCGCGGCCAACCAAGUGCUGCGCAGCGGCAUGAAAUAG